AGUGUCAAAGUACAAGUAAAGGGUUAUGUUUAUAUUUUUAUUUACAUAUUUUACCUUUGAAAAACCAAUCUAAUUUUAAUAUAAAUUAAACAAACUUAAUGUAAAUAAUCUCCAUAAGAAAUGGAUUAAAUUGUGUAAUAAUGUUUUGCAUUGUGUAAUUAAAAGUGUAACAGCCUCAAUAUGUCCUACCCAGGACUACCUCCACUGCCUAAAAGUCUCAGUGGCUUUAAACUAUCAGAAUUUCCUACGAAUCUGCCACCAACACCUGCUAGAACAUCAUCUGUUCGUUCUACAUCACAUUCAUCUCCUCUUUUAUAUCCAGAAUCUAAUGUCCAACUCAUACAAGUUGGAGGAGCUACAAGAAACUCACCACUUGAUACAAAACUAGCAAUCUUAAAACAAGAAAUGUACAAUUUACGCCAACUAGACUUAUCGCUGUUAUCCCAAUUAUGGUCUCUAAAUGAAUCUCUACAAGAAUAUAGACAAAUGUUACAAGAGCAAGAAGAUAGAGUAUUAUCGCCUCCGUCACCAUCACCUACACCCUCAUCUGGAGACGAUGUGGAUGGGGAAGAAUUCUAUAUGUCUGCCACUUCUUUGAGCUUUAGAUCUUCUGUUGCAGUUGCUCCAGGAAGGAGAACCAGCAAUUCUUCAAACACCUCCAGUUUAGGAUAAUUUGAAAUUAUUGUUAAUGAACAUAUCAUUCCACUUUUGUGUAUGUACUUAAGAAAUUAUAUAGUGUGAAUUUGUUUUAAAUAAAGAUUGGUAUGUUAA